AAUUCACUUGAUUUUAUUGAAGACUUGCCUUGGCCAUAACUUAUGACUAAUGAAUGAAAUGUUAGUACUGAUGGCAUAAGUUUCCCACCAUUAAAUAGAUGUCACGCAUGCCGGUGCAAAAUAUGGGCAAAACAUUCGUACCUCUGGUCAUGUGCAUGCCGACAUACUUAUACUUACAAUGUAUGUAUGGAAAUAGGUAUGUUGUAUUCAUGUUAAACAAAUCAGUGACAAUAUGGUAGGCACAUUAGGAACAGUGAAUAAAAUGUAUACAAAUGUUUGUAUUACGAGAAUACAUUGAUGCACCUCCAACCCUAUGGUGCGUUAAACUAGCCAUUCUACCACAAGAAUUACCAAUUCGAAGUUAUCUGAUAUAUUCGAAAGGUUCGGAGCAAUUAAAUAAGGCUCCAAAUUUUAUUUUUACUGAAAAGUACCAAAAUUCCAUUAAAUGAAAUGUGUUUUCUUUUGUUUUGCUUUGUAUUUGAAUAAACGCAAAACAAUCUUGCUACUUCCCACUUUCGUCAUAAUCUCAACCAAUUUUCUGACACAAUACUCGUGCUUCCACAUUUGCUAUUGGGUACACAUAUUCCAAAGCAUGUAUAAACCUAGACCGAGCUUGUGGCUUUUUAUUGAUGCGUAUACACUUAGGAGCUCAUACGUGUAUGUAUGUAUGUAUGUAUGUAUGUAUGUAUGUACAUAUGAAGUUUUUACCGCGCUUCAGUGAUUUCGAAUAGAAAGAGCGGAUCUGUUUUACUGAAAUGUCGCAUGCUUGUUAAAUUGUUGUUGUUGUGGUUCCGGGAGUGCAACCUACAUUUGUGGCGUAGCUAGCGGGUUCGUUGCCUGGUUAGAUCGUUGCUGUUUUUAGCAUUAUUAUAUGUAUUUUUGUAAUUUUUGUUUUAACUGUUGUUUUUGUUACUGUUGGUAAUGUGUGACGGUGUGUGUGGAUUUGGAUGCGGGAGUUCAGUUUUUCUGAUCGUUCAACGAUAAGCGACACAUUUAUUUUUUUCUUAUUGCCAGAAUGCAUAAUUGCCAUUACAAAUAUACAUAUGUACGUUGGUGCCACAAACGUUUUUUGGGGAUGCCUUCUAUUGAAACUCAGUUGAACAGUGCAGUUGCUUUUCAGAACCUGAAUCGAGUGGUAUAUCACGCUGUUCAAAGUGAUCUUACAGUUAGGACUUGCCAAUCAUUUUUAUAACUUAAAGAGUGCCAGUUUUUAAAAUCUAAGCGAACGUAAUAAAGGUCAACAGCAUAAAUAUUUUCAACUUCCUCGAACGCAUUUUUUUUGUUCAAAUUACAGGAAGAUAAAAUAAUAUAGUUCGAAAUGCGCUGUCCUCGAAAUGAGCUAUGGGUGCUUGUUUACCCUUUAUUUGCGAGUUGCUGUAUUCUUCUGGUAUGUGCUAUGCAAAUACCUCAAGAUGUUGAAAUACUUGAAGGGUUCGAGUUCGACGAUACCCCGGAAUAUUACUCUACUGAUUCAAACUACUACGAGGCCAGAAGUUUGCUAUCAGGUUUUCACAAAUCUAUCCGCAAUAAACGCUCAACAUUAGAAUAUGAUAAUGCUAAGGGAUUACCUCAAGCAAGUGUAUCGCCCCCGAAUGGUCUAUCAGAAUUUACCCAAAACAUCGGUACCCAGCAAAUAAAAGUGCAUGGAAAAGAGGAGAGGGGUGGGGAGGAUAAAUUGGAGUCUGACAUGCCACGGGCAGAGAAACAAAUAAUGGAUCCCGACUAUGACUACUACUCCCAACGGCACAUAUCCACCUGGAAUGACGCAUAUGGAUCGUCAGCGCUCAGUAGUGCAUCGCGACCACCAACCGACAGAGAAGAUGUCACGGCCGAUGCCAGUAACAGUUAUGCAACCCGAGGACGUCAAGCUCGUGUAAAUUUUAUUACACAACCCAAAAAGGAUCUUAAUGAUGGUGCUAAAGAGCUGACAGACCCAAUUGUGCCCAAACUUCCAGUUGCAAAGCCUCAUUACGAUAUGAAGUAUCCAAUUACUUCUCCGACCUAUAAUUAUGAAAUGUAUCCAUCACGUUCAUAUGCGCCAUAUUUACGUCGCUACGAUCGCUUCGACGAACAGUAUUCUCGUUACGAUCCUUACAACUAUGAAGACCAUUAUUUACACCGUCGGCAUUACGAUCCCUAUGAUAGCUAUAGCCCCAGGAUACCACAAUACCCUGAACUAUACUAUAAUUAUCCGGAUCGGCGUUAUGACAUUCCUGAGCCUAGAGAAUAUGUUCCUGUGUACAAUAAUGAAAUCUACGAUAAGACUCUCUAUCCCGCAGCCAACUAUCCCUCCAGUAAUAGCUACGCAUCCACAAAGUAUCCGGAGUAUCCGCGAAACCAACGGCGCAUAGUAUAUUACGCGCAUUUGCCAGAAAUUGUGCGCACACCUUACGACUAUUCUAACCGAUACGACCGCUACGAUGAUCUCAUGAAGGCGAACAAAGCUAUCACAGGAGCAUACAAAUACGAAAAACCGUUGUCCGGGAACACAGGUGCUGCUACUCCAAAUGCGGAUUCCUACGAUUACAUGAAGCGCGAUAAGAAGGAUCGACCAACAUCAAAACCCGUCAAAUCGAACACCAGCGGUCGACAGUAGGUGAAGAAGUCGCUUAAAACUUCAGAAGCGAGAGCCCUUUGGACCUUUUCCAAAGCAAUAUCAAAUGUACUCAAAUCUUCGUUAGCACUUAAUUUUGACUUUAAAUGUAGCCCAUAAAACGAUUCUUGAUUACCUAAAUAUGUACAUUCGACCUUAAAUUUUUUUACCUAAACACAUAUACUUGGUUUGCCCGACGAAUGUACGUAUUAAAUAUAAAUAUUUGGAAAUCAG